CUAUGCUAUAAAAUUUCUCAUAAAUAAGGCCACAUAUCUAAGAAAAGUCUUCAUCGUUAUACUUUUCUAUAUAUUUGAAUUCUUAGUAUUAAUUAUUCAUUCAUACAUACACCUUCUUUCAUUCAAUGAACUUUUAUCUCAUUUCCUUUCUUCUAUCAUACAUACCUCGUGAUCAUCUGUUUAUCAUGAUCUUUGACGUAACAGCUCUGGAGAAAUAUUUAUAAGCAAACAUAAGAGCAGCAUCGUUUUGUUUUAAGCAUCGCUUUAAAAUUGCUAAAGUAUGGAGUUCAAAAUAAAAUUUUCAUUUUUUGCUUUCUUCUUUUAUUUUUGCGUCACUCUUGUCUUGGCUGUUUUAAAUACUCAACCUGAACAAGUGCAUAUAUCAUUUGGGAAAUCUCCUAAUGAAAUGGUUGUUACAUGGGUUACUUUUGACCCUACAAGCAAAUCCACUGUCGAAUAUGGACAGGCUCCUAGUAAAUUGAAUAAAAUUAAAUUUGGUACUGUGACAAAGUUUGUCGAUGGUGGAUCAAGUGCUCGAGUACUUUGGAUACAUAGAGUUUUACUUGAUGAUUUAGUUCCUGGUUCUGAAUACAUGUACCACUGUGGUAGUACAGAUGGUUGGAGUGCUGUUUAUUGGUUUACAGCUAUGCAAAAUGGUACAAAUUGGAGCCCAAGACUUGUUGUUUAUGGGGAUUUGGGUAAUUAUAAUGCUCAAUCUUUGCCACGAAUCCAAGAAGAAGUUCAGAAAGGAAUGUACGAUGCUCUUUUGCAUGUAGGAGACAUGGCUUACAAUUUAGACUCAGAAAAUGCAACAAUAGGUGAUGAAUUUAUGAGGCAAAUAGAAACAAUUGCUGCUUACCUUCCCUACCAAGUGUGUGUUGGCAAUCACGAACAAGCAUACAAUUUUUCUAAUUACGUUAAUCGAUUUAGUAUGGUUAAUCAAGAUGGUGAAAUAAACAAUAAUUUUUACAGUUUUGAUCUCGGCCCCGCUCAUAUAAUUGCUUUCUCUACCGAGUUUUAUUUUUACGUUAAAUACGGUUGGAUACAAAUUGCUCGUCAGUAUGAAUGGCUUGAAAAUGAUUUGAAAAAGGCAAAUUUACCAGAAAACAGAGCUAAACGCCCAUGGAUUAUUACAAUGGGACACAGACCUAUGUAUUGUAGCACCAAUGAUACAGAUGACUGUAAAAAUAGGGAAAGUAUCAUUCGAAAAGGGUUACCCAUUGCUCAUGCUUAUGGUUUGGAAGAUCUAUUUUACAAAUAUGGUGUUGACUUGGAAUUAUGGGCUCAUGAACAUUUAUAUGAAAGGCUGUGGCCCAUCUAUGAUUACAAAGUGUAUAAUGGAAGCCUUGAUGCACCUUACACUAAUCCAAAAGCUCCGGUGCAUAUUAUUACAGGUUCUGCUGGGUGCCAAGAAAAUUUAGAUCCAUUUGUUGACAACCCUGCAGAAUGGAGUGCUGCAAGAUUUUCUGACUAUGGUUACACUAGGUUUAAUAUCAUUAAUAAUACGCAUUUAUACAUGGAGCAAGUAUCUGAUGAUCAGGAUGGUAUUGUACUGGAUAAAAUGUUGCUAAUCAAAGAUAGGCAUGGUCCUGAUGCAUGGUUAUAAACAAACAAUUGAAAUUUUAUUACAUACUGCUAUCUCUCUCAUUAAUUAUGUCUGUGAUCUAUCUUUUUUUCUUUAAAAUAUGUGAUUUAUUGCUGGCCGAAUCUCACUUUAGCUUUAUAUUUCUACAUUUACUUAUCAUAAAUUUUUUACUUUUAAUUAUUUGUCAACUAUUUUUAAUAUAUUGAUUAUGUAAAAAAAAAUUUGUUUUUGUGUUAAUAUAUAUAUAUAUACUUAUGCAUGCAAUAGGAGCCAUUCAAAUAUUAAAAAAGUAGUAUCUAGAAAACCGGUUGCAAUUAUCUUGUCACCGGUUGCAAUUGCCAGUGACAAGGAAACGGUAAUUUGAAAAAUAGUGAUGCUAAAUUCCCUUUAUCUACAGAAGAUAAAAAUUCUCUGUAAAUUGCAGAAAUAUUUAAAUUUUGAAAUGAUAUUUGAAGUUGAAAAUUAGAUUUUUAUUUA